CGAACUUCCUGUAGAAACUCAACAGCCGCCCGAUUCGCAUUCGCUGAAACAGAGCAUGAAUGCGCUCGCGUUCGGCUGCUCCCGGCGACCGAACACCGCCGGUGAAACCUCGGAAUAGAUGCGUCCGAGAUAUUCGACUGACAACUGAAGUUGGACAAAAAUGAGUGACACUUCCGAAUCCCAUAGUUUCUCGAGAAUUCGACAGAUCGAUCGAAAUUUCAAACUUCCGGUGCUUUCGAAAUCAAGAGUCAAGUAUCCCUCGGUGAAAGACUUCAUUUUCCAUCGGCGCAAUGGGCGGAGGACGCAGUACUACUUCACCAGUGGUCACGAACACUUGGGAAAACCAAUAUUUUCGAACGACGACCAAUCGCCGUUCGUGCUGCCCCCGAAAAGUCACUGGUUGGCUUAUCUCCAUUGGGCCAAAGCGUGGUCCGCGAAAAAUGAGCCGAAAAAAAGCGCGGUUGAAGCUGAGGCCGAGUUGCUCGAAAGGUCGAAGGAUAUUCUUCGAAGAAUCAGAGUGGACGUCGAACUUGAAGCGGAAGAAGCGACGAAACACAAGGAUUUGGAUAAAGCAACAGCGAUGACUGAUGUCGAUCCGAAUUAUUUCACCGAUAUAACGGGACGCACCGUUGGCGAAAAAUUCUCGAAGCAGCGUUACAUCGACGACGCUCGGAAUGUUCUCAGGACUCGACUACUCAUCGGGGCUGAAAGGGACGACUGUAUUCGUAUCGAUCAACAGUUUGACGAAGAACAACGUCGGCUCAAUGAGACAAAGGAAAAUUAUAGGAUCUGCGUGAACGGUUUUGAGGAGUUUUUAUCAAAAGAUCACGGUGACAGCAUGGCAAUCCUGAACGAAGCCGAGGAGGAAGUAAAAUUGACUUAUGCUGCGACUACGAGGCGUAAUCAAUUGUCUAAAGAUUUGGGUCAACUACGUCUCGAGGUAUACUCGCUCGAGGAGUCGUGGCGGACAGUUAAAAUGUGCCAAAAAUUUCUCUAUCAAGUAUCGCCGAUAUCCUGGCGCCUCGAGCACGAUUGGAUUCACCGUUCCUCCUCAGGCUCGAGUAUCGUUUCUGCAAAAAUGGAUGAUCUCCUGGGGAGAUACAAGACCGUCGACAACUCGGUUUCUCUAGAGUCUCUCAUCGAUUUGUUCGAGUUGGAAGUCGCAGAGGCUCCCCCGCCUCAGCUUUAUUUCAAAGAUCCGAAAGAGCUGAUGCAGGUUUUCAGGUCUAUGGAACUGCAGAAUCUCAAUGCUCUCAUUCAUCUCGAGUCGUUGGCUGGACCGAUGGCAGAAAUGGCCUCGAGCAUCGUCCAAACUGAGAUUCUGAUAAAACAAGAGCUCGGUGAAAUCGAAGAAGGGCUCAGUGACCUCGAGGAAAAUAUUCGUCUAGCAGAGGAGAGAGCGAAGUCUUUAGAAAAAUACGCGAAUCAUCUUCUCCACGGCGUAUUUCGCGAUCUCGUGUGCUCAGAGCCAGUGCUCUAUUUACGAGUUUUCGUCGAGGACACUUACGAGAGCUGUGUAGGACCGAACGACGCUAAUCUUGAUUCGUACACGAUGAUGCACCUCAUCGAAAAAACUUAUGAGCAGCUUAACAUGGAAUUGGACAAUCUGCCUCACGAUAUCGUACGAGUAUGCGAGAAAGAGGGCUUCAGACAAGAGAUGAAGACGAUGAAAGAUGCUGAAGAUGCAGCGAGAAAGUUCGAGUUGAUGCAUCGCCUGCUAGCUGCCCUGGAGAGAAUAAUGGAAGGGCCAAAACCGAAACCGCAGAGACGUAAACCUCGGGCACGUGCAGUUUCGAUAAGUUCGAAGCCGAAAGAGGCAGUCGUUCCUGAAGUUCAACCUCCCACCGAGGACGAAAUGACGUUUUUAAAUUUCUUUACGAACUACUGCAAACUCGACGAUCCCACGAAAUUCGAAUCCCAACUUCCCGAUGACUUCGAUUUGUCCUUCAAGAGCAAAGCAACUCUCGCGAGAGAAGCUGAAAAGUUAGAAAUGGCUAGAAGCGUACAAGGGGACAAGGACGACAGGAAGAAAUUUUGUUCUGAUAAAAUCGAAAAAAUAGUCGAACGCAAAGAAAAUUCAGAAGAAAUUUAAAGUACGAGAUUCCCAGAAUUUUUAAAGCAUAUUAUAAAAACAUCGAUCUUUCUACAUCAUAAAAACAGAACCGAGAAUUUUUCACAUGAUUUUUCAACGAAAAUUCUUAUCUUUACAAUUCAUUCGUCACUUUUGCGUCCAAUUACUGGUCUACAGACAAUGAAAGAUGGCAACGAUUUCUCAUUUGAUAUUUUACCUCAAUUUCUAACUCAAUGACGAAACAAAAGCAGUAAUUUUUCCAUUUUUUUUAUCCAAAUGAAUAAAAUUUGAAGAAAAUUUC